UUCACUGCAAAGGGAACGCUUGUCGAGAAGACUAGGAGUAAAUUUCCUUUUGAAAAUGUUGCUUAUUUGCUGCCUUUUUCUCAACAUCAUGGUACGAUGCACCUUUUCCCAAGGAAUUAACUAUUUGCCGCCGAUCCACCACGGAGCCUAUUAUCCCGACGAAUACGACCACGACCAAGUCACCAAUGAUCUGAUGAGCUGGCACCCAUAUGACGUUGGCCACCCGUGGGAGUUGAGCGGUUUGUUGGAGGGUGACAUCAUGGAGUCGCCUGAGAAGGGUAGAAACGUGAUUCGCUCAAAGGAAGCAAGCUGGCCUGGCGGCGUCAUCCCUUACGUGAUGCAACCUGGAAUGACGCAAGAUGAACGUCAGGCCGUGGACAGGGGUAUGGAGCUGGUGUGUCAGGGUUCAUGCAUCACUUUCCGCCCCUAUCAAGAGGGUGACAAGGACUACAUAGUAAUUCUCUACAACAUGACCGGUUGCUGGAGUUACGUUGGUCGACAGGGUGGAGGCCAGGUGGUCAGUCUGCAUCGUGGGGGUUGCUACCACCCCGGAACGGUGGCUCACGAAUUUCUGCAUGCGACCGGAUUUUACCAUCAGCAGAGCGCCGCUGACAGAGAUGGCUACGUCUACAUUGAUUUCGAUAACAUCGAAGAAGGUCAUGAGCACAACUUUGACAAGAAAUCUCCGGCGGAAGUGACUGACUUUGGCGUUGGCUACGAUUAUUCAAGUGUUAUGCAUUACAGCAGAACGGCCUUUUCUAAAAACGGAGAGGACACCAUCAUUCCAUUUGAACCGGGAGCACAAAUUGGACAGCGAGAGAAAGUAUCAAAAAAGGACUUUUUGAAACUGAAUCGGAAGUACAAAUGCAAAAAACGUCCGGCAGCUCGUUGAUUUUUUCAGACAAUGGAUCAUUGAAACAUUUUGGAAAUGAAUUGAACUAAAAAUGCUGUAUUGUUUAUUCCCAAAUAAAUGAAAUUUCACCACGAGCCAUUCCUAUUUUCCA